AUGGAGCACCAUGAGAUGCAUCCCUUGAAGCGAGGAAGCAUAGGAAUUGGACAGGCUGCACCUGAUCAAAUUGCUAAUGUAUCAAAUGCCUAUGAGCAGUCAAAAAAGAGCGGUUCCACGGACCAGGCGAAGCCCAAGCGACUCUUCAAUUUCACGCAGAUCUUCUUCUUCUCGCUUACAUAUCUGUCGAGCUGGGAGACUCAAGCGCUAAACUUGAGUGCUGUUCUUACAAAUGGCGGCCCUGCGGCUCUGGCUUGGGGGAUUGUUAUCGUGGUAUGCGGUGCAAUGGCUCAAUCAGCAUCACUAGCUGAGAUGGCCUCGAUGCAACCAAUUGCCGGCGCCCAGUAUCACUGGACAUAUUACCUGGCACCUCCAAAUCAGAAGAAAUUCAUUACCUGGAUGCAAGGAUGGGUGACCUGGUUUGCAUGGAUUUCCACACUUGCUGGUGUAGCCAACACCACCGCCACUAUGAUCCAAGGACUCGCAAGCGUGAACUACCCAGAGUAUGAGCCAAAACAGUGGCAUCUGACGCUAAUAAUAAUCGGGAUGCUUAUUGUCGAAGCAUUAAUGAACAUGUAUACUUUUUGGCUCAUUCCGUGGAUUGAGAUGCUGGCAGGCAUUCUGCAUAUAUGUCUACUCGUUGUCUUCCUGGUGGUCUUUACGACUCUGUCACCUCGUCAUACACCAGAAUUCGUCUUUCUUCGCACACAAAGUAGCUCGGGUUGGGCAACUUUUCCUGCAUGGAACAUUGGCUUGCUGACCCCUGUCUGGGGAUUUGUUGGCUUCGAUGGUGCAGUACAUAUGAGUGAAGAAGUACGACGAGCAAAGCAGGCUGUCCCCCGCUCAAUUUUCUACACUGUCAUCACGAACGGUAUUCUGGCCUAUGCAAUGGUGGUUUGUAUGCUCUUUACAAUGGGUUCGGUAGAGGAAGCCCAGAAAUCCAGCUUUCCCAUCAUCGAGAUCUGCCAACAAGCAACUGGGUCCGUAAAAGCCGCAACAGCAAUGGUGAGCGGGCUACUUGUCAUUUCGCUCUCGGUCAAUCUAGCAAGUAUCGCCUCUGUUUCACGGCUGACGUGGGCGUGGGCUCGAGAUGGAGCUCUACCCGAGUGGUUCGCAUUUAUCGACCGGAAACAUAAUGUCCCCAUACGUGCUGUUUGGCUUCCCGUACUCGUCGUCAUGAUUCUAGCGUGUCUGAACAUUGCAAGCUCAGCUGCCUUUGGGGCGUUUGUUGCACUUGGCUCUAUUGGACUCUUCGUGUCUUAUUUCAUUGCCAUUGCUUGCAUGGUACACAAUCGUUUUCAAGCAGAUGCGGCGCCUCUUGGGAAUUGGAAUAUGGGGGUUAUGGGUCUUCCAGUCAAUGUCUUUGCUUUGGUGUAUAGUGCUUGGGUCACGGUCUGGCUAGCGUUCCCAUCUACAUUGCCGGUCACUAGGCAAAACAUGAACUACGCUGCGCCAAUAUUUUUUGUCACUACGUUGUUUGCCUUUUUAUAUUGGUUUAUUAAGGGGCGCACUCGUUGGGAGGGAUUGAACAAAGAGGUUGUCCGUCUAGUUGUUGAAGGGGGAGAACUGCAGCUGAAAUGA